CAAGUAUUGAAUAAGUUUAUAUACAUGUCAACAUAUAUAUAUACACUUCACUGAAUUUGUGGACAGAGGACAUAUACAUGAAAAACAUUAGAAUGUAUUCAUCAAAUUAGCUAGAUAGGGGCUAUAUAGAUAACUAGUUAUACUGUCAUUACUACUAUAUAAGUAUGUAAUCUAAGGUAUUUUAAUCAAUUUUAUCAUUUUAUUUCAUAAUCUUUAUGAGAUAAUAUGAAACCAGCUAUUUUGUUAUUUCUAGUAUCCUUUCUCGUAAUUUCUGCUCUACAAUUUAAGAAUGAUAGUAUUAAAGAAGAAAAACAGCAUAAUAUCACUGGAAAUGUAGAAAAGCUCGACAAGGAGGUUAAGGUAGGCGAAGAGGAGAAGGAAGAGAAGAAAAAGGAGAAAGGAGACAAAAAAGAGAAAGAGGAUAAGAAAGGGAAAAAGGGAGAAGAUGGCAAAGAAGGAGAUGAAGAGGGUGAAGAUGCCGAAGGCGAUGACGACGAUGAUGAUGACGAUGAAGAUGAAGAGGAGAAGAAACCAAAACGUGGAAUUAAACCAGUGUACAAGCUUAUAAAAAAGACUUUAAAGAAGGGACGAAAAAAGAUUUAUAAAACAUUGGAUAAAUACAUGAUGAAAGAAGACUUGGACUUGAAAUUAAUGGAAAUCGCUAAAAUCGUGUGUAAACGCAUUGACAAACGUAUGGAUUAUAUAUCAAAGAUUCUUGAAAAUGUUUUGGGAUAUGAAACAUCUUAACUUGGCUGAUGUGUUUGUUAUCGUUUAAUUUCCCAGCUCUUUUCUGUAGCACUAUGAAAAUAUAACCUAAUUAGCUGUUAUA